UUUAGAUAAUAGUCGAAUAUAUUGUGUAUAAAGUUGAGAAAUAUAUUAGCAAUAUUAAAUCCAAAAUUUUCAAGGAUUAUAUCUGUAGACUAAACAAAAAAAAGAUAAUGGGGCAAGGGAGUGCAAUAAAAGAAAAAUAAUGAGGAAUUCAAAACAAACAAAAGAGAGAAAGGAGAAAAAACAGAAAGAUCUGCGAAUCAUAUUGGUUCGUGAGGGAACGAAGAUGAAGCAGAUAUGAAUCCAUAAAGCUAAGCUAAGAAAAUGGAGGAAUCAAUGGAGAAACUUGAUGGAUCCCUUGCCGCGCCAAUGAUAUUCCUUAUCGUCGUCUCCGUUCAGUACCUCUCCCGUCAUGUCGAACUCAAUACGAGUAGGGUUUCUGUAAAUGCUGAGGAGUUGAAGUUGCGUGCAGAAAUUAAGCAACUGCUAAAAGAUGCUAAUGCCAUGUCACAGCCUUCAACGUUUGCACAAGCUGCCAAACUAAGAAGGAUGGCAGCAGCCAAGGAGCAAGAACUUGCAAAAAAUCAUGAAAAGCUCCUAAAAGAGAUGAAAUCGUCAUAUGAUACACACAAAAAAGCCCUCACGGUUAUAAAGGUCUUGACUUACUUCUUGCUGAUUAUCUGGUUUUGGCGUAUUCCUGUGGCUUCCAUACCUAAGCAGCUCGUGCAACCUUUCGGUAGGAUUUUGUCUUGGCGAGCUGGAGGUCCAGCUAAUGAAAAUGUCAUGGUGGGAGUCAUUCCAUGGUUAAUAUUGUCCACUAGAGUCAGCAAACUUAUCUGCCGAAAAAUAUUCAAAUAGGAGAGCAAGACUAACUGAUGUGUAUUUAUUUGAUUGCGAUUAAUAUUCACAUUUGUAGAUGGAAUUUUGUCCAGUGUUUGAUUUAUCACCUCCCAUUACUGUAUCAUUUUUGUAAGGAUAAUUAAGUGUGAGCAGGAGUAAAACGUAAACCUUUUUAUGGUAGCACCAA